AUGAGUUUAAAAGAUGAAGCACUAGCGGAUUCUAUUUGGCAGGACCGUGAAGUACGAUUUGAUUUGGAUCCGAGAUUGUUACAUUUGAUUCCUGGUGAAUACUUGGUGAGUCGAAUUAAUGGUGCAGAAGAUAGUAAAGGAAAUAACGGAGAUAAGGGCAUUCUUCGCGUAACAAAUUUAAGACUCAUUUGGUAUGCAAACACUGCCUCACGGAUUAAUCUAAGCAUCGGAUAUGGUACAAUAAAUGGGGUAACUACAAAGUUAGCGAAGUCUAAGUUACGAGGAAAUGCUGAAUCUUUAUAUUUGAUGGCACAUUUUGCAAAAACCCGAUUUGAAUUUAUCUUUACUUGUAUUGAUCCAUCACAAACAAAACUUUUUACAACUGUAAUUUCAAUCCAUCGCGCAUACGAAACAACAAAACUUUACCGCUUACUGAAGAUGCGUGGAGCUAUUAUUAAUAACGAGCAGCAAUUAAGGAUUCUACCAAACGAACAACAAUGUGAUCGUUUUGAUGGCGUUUGGAACUUAAGUAAUGACCAUGGUACAUUGGGUACAAUGAUACUUACUAAUAUUCGGAUUGUGUGGUUUUGCACUACCAGUAACUCAUAUAACGUAAGCAUACCAUAUUUUCAAGUACAUAUUUCUCGUAUACGUAACUCACGUUUUGGUCCAGUAUUAGUCAUCGAAACUUCUACUGUUAGUGGCGAAUAUCUGCUGGGAUUUCGAGUUGAUCCACAAGAAAAAUUGGACAUUAUUAAUAGAUCAAUAAAUGCACUUAAGAAUGCUUUCUGUCUGAAACCUCUUUUUGGAGUACAAUUCAGUCGAGAAAAAUCGGGUUCACCUCAACCUGUAGGAGAAUUGAUAAAACAAAAAACUGAAGAAGACAUUGAAGUCGACGACCGCCCACUCCGACCAGAUGCAUACGCCGCUUAUUUUGCUGAUGGCUUCGUCAGUGGACAAGUUCGGCCACCUACUUACUCACCUGAGCUUGGAGUUGCAAUUGAACAACUCAAGGAUGGUUUUACUUUAGCCGACCUAUGGAAAAUUCAUGUGGACUAA